AAGCAGUGAGAGGAUUGUGGGACUCCUGCUAUAUAAUGGGUUUCUCUGUCACUCAUAGCAUCUAACUCAAGAAACGGUGACAAGAUGCAGUCUGCUUUUACAAUCCCCAGUUUUUUGUUCCUGAGUCUUUUUUUAGUAGGAUUGGUCCCGAAUGCAAAAUUAGAUACAGCUACAAAAAAAAUGUAUCCUCCUUUUUGGGAUCAGGUUAGUGGAGAAAUAACAGAAUUUCCAGUAAAGGAUAACAAGACCAUUAUUAAUAUGUGGAAUUAUACGGAUCGACUGAGGAUGUAUAAGAUUCUCAUAACACAAACUAACAAAUAUUUUGUGCAGUUUGGAUCAAAUAAUUCAGGCAAUGUACUGUGGGCUCUCGCCUUAACUUACGGAAAGCUAUAUAAAACAGGUAGAUUUUCAGACCCUUCCAAUGUUUCGGUAUGUGCUUAUGAUGCUGUAUCUCCUAGCUGUGUAUCAUUCAACAGUGGCUGGGGAGGCACGAACUUCUUUGUGAUUGUUCUGAAUUUCCUUGCUGCAGUAGAAUCAAAGUUUUUGAACAAUGUAUCACAUGAGAUACUGCUGCUACCUCCAGAGAACCACAAGCAUGACUUCUGUUUUUCCCUAGAGGAAUGCAGGAAAUCAUUCCCACAUGCUAUGGAUGCAGCCAAAGAGUUUUAUCAGUAUUUGCAGUCCAUCACGGCAGCUUCUACUGUCAACAGUGUUUCUGUUUAUAACACAAGUGAAGACAGAGCAACCCUUCUACUAUGGAAGGCCUAUCGGGCAGCUGUCGAAACUGGAUUAUCAAAGUUCAGCGAUGUGUCCUGGUAUUCUUCAGUACCUGAAAGAAAAUUCGCUAUGGAUAUUCUAACCCUCAUGGAGUUUUGUGAAACCACAACAUACCGCACAAAUUUUAAGAAUUCAAAAGCCUUUCUUGUGGGUUUCCCACACAGGCAACUCAAAGAUGGAGAAGAUAAAAUCCAAAAAACCGACUUCAAAAUGCGGGAAAAAGCAUUUCUUGCUUCAACAAAGUUUAUUUCUAACCUAAAUAAAAUGACAGGUGGUUGGUUCUUAGUUGCUUGGAAGUUGACUGUGGAAUCUUCAGAACUACAUCAUGUUUUAGGAAAUUUCUUUAUUAAUACUUUACUGUUAAUACCCAUUAUUAAGUAGCCCAAAAUUAUUUCAUUACGUGUUAGAAAUUGUAAUUCCAUAUUAAAAAUCAAUUAAAUGUUAUAGUCACUAUUUUAUAAUCUUUUCUGGUUCUUUCUAUCCAUUUUGUGCCUUUGUAUUUUGAUUUAUUGGCCACUAAUGAUUUCAGCUGAAUAACUAUACACCUAACUGAAGUCUAAUCAAUUCUACUGAAUUCCUGAGUUACAAAUAAAUAUAUUGUACAUUACUUA